UAUUAGCCUUGUCACAAGGUGAAAAUAACCGGUUCUUAUAAGUGGCAACGAAGAUGUCGACGUUUGACAGAAAAGCUGAAUUAGAGAUGAAGAAAGCGAAACUAGCUAUUCUUAGGGAAAACAAAAUUAAAAGAGACAAGGUGAAGAUUGAUGGAACAAAUGGGGGAACUCAAGAUAACCUCAACAACUAUGGUUCGGCCCAAGUUCUUAGGAUUGAAACUGAAGAGUUAUUAAGAACUCUUGGGAUUGCUGUUUCUGAUGAACCGUUGUCUCAGGUUCCAGACGAUCGUAUUCUCUCUAAAGGGACUUCGGAUCCACCACAUACGAAAACGGAUAGCCAGAAAAAACGCAAAAGUUUGGGGUUUUCUCAAAUAAACGAAAUCAAUGUUCCUCCGAAAGAGAAUAUAUCUUAUUCUAAAAUCACUCAAACACUUGAGUCUUACGUCCCACAACAUGUUACUAGUGGCGUUCGUACUGGUUCUCCAAAGUUCAUGACUCAUUUAGAAUGGGAUGAUGAAUUUUCUACUGCUCUAACUUUUGAUGAAUCGGUAAAUGAUACUCUUGAUAUGACUGCUGUAAUCAACGAAAUACACAAAAUGCCACUGGUUAGUUCAAUUGCUGCUACAAAGACUCCUGUAGAUACAGAAAGAGAGAACGAACAUUUGAAGCCACUAAAAGUAAUACAACUCACAGACGAGGAAAGAGAUGCAAUUAUGAGAUCAGAUAGAUUUCAUCGUUUCUUUGACAGGGCAUCACGACUGAUAGAACGAGCAUUAGAUGAACCUGCAGAUAUAUUUAUUGAUUAUAGUGGUGGAGAUCAUGAUGAUACCGGAAAUACCCAACGUCAUCAACUUGUAAGAUUUAGUCGUGACUUUUUUGAUGAUCGGUGGUCAAGAAGACGCCUAGUCACAGCAUUGGAUUGGUCACCAAUUUUUCCUGAGUUACUUCUUGGUGCUUAUCAUGCAAAUGAUGAAGCUCCACAUGAUCCUGAUGGAGUAUGUUUAGUGUGGAACUUGAAAUUUCAGAAAACAACUCCAGAGUAUAUUUUUCAUUGUCAGUCUGCUGUUACUUCAGCAACCUUUGCAACUUAUCAUCCAAAUUUGAUUAUUGGUGGGACAUAUUCUGGACAAAUUGUACUGUGGGAUAAUAGAUCAACCAAGCGAACACCGGUACAACGGACACCAUUAUCAGCAAGUGCACAUACACAUCCAGUUCAUGCAGUUAUGAUUGCAGGAUCAUUGAAUGCACACAAUUUGUUAAGUAUAAGUUCUGAUGGAAAAUUAUGUACAUGGAGUUUAGAUAUGCUGGGUCAACCUCAACAAGCCAUGGAAUUAACACAUAGGCAAGCUCGUACUGUAGCUGCAACAUGCAUGUCAUUCGUAGAUGAGAAUGUUAACAAUUUUUUGGUUGGGUCAGAAGAUGGACGAGCUUAUGCUGGUUCGCGGCAUGGAAAUCAAGCAGGUAUCAGCGAUGCUUUUGAAGGUCAUCAGGCUCCUAUCACAUCAAUUUCAUCUCAUCCACUCAGAGAUUCUGUGACAAUUUCACCACUGUUUCUUACUACUUCUCUUGAUUGGUCCAUAAAACUGUGGUCUGUCAAGGAAACCCGUCUUAUAUGUUCAUUUGAAGAAGCUUCAGAUUAUGUUUUUGAUGCUCAUUGGUCGCCUAUGCAUCCAGCUGUAUUUGCAACUGUCGAUUGUACAGGAGGCCUUGAUUUAUGGAAUUUAAACCAAAACAGCGAAUACUACAUAUCUAGUUAGAUAGUAUAUCGAUCAGAAUUGUUACAAUUUAUUCAAUCACGGUAAAGGACAAAUUAGAUAUGAGAUAGAAUUUGACUCAAUGUGAAUAGUUGUACCAAUAGUAGUAUAGUAAUCAAAGAAAAAAUCGAGUGAAUAUAUAUACCUGACAAUGACUACAGAACAACCUGGAUUUUCAAGAAUGUGAAAUAACAUUGAGCGUGAAAACAUUUCCACUGAUGUAAUAAAUUUUUAUUUAUGUCGCCUAAUGUUUAUUGUUUUUGCUGGCUUCAACCUUAAGGUUCGCAUCAUUUUACAUACUUUCGAAUAUCAUAAAUAUGUCUUGAUUUAAUCCUAAUUUUAAAUGUCAUUGAGGUACACAGUUAAAAACUAUAAAUAUAUUCAAAAAUUGUACACUUCCUUUUGAGUAAGAUAUUAUUGGUUGCAAGGUUAUCUGUCUACCUAUCCAUUAUCCAUAGAUAAUUAGGAAAUCAGUUUGCCUAUACUUCAUAUUUUUGGUGAUGUUAAUUUUUCUCAGCUGGAUGGUUUAAUCGCAAGGCUUUCGUUAUCGUUCUAGACACCAUCACCAACACAUCUAUUUGAACACAACAUCACCAAAACGCCAGCUUAUGCUGUAAAUCUCUUUCAUCAUUUCGAUAUACUUCAUAUUUACACAAUGUAGUCACAUCUCGUAAAAGUUGAGGCACUUAUUCUAUUUUGGAGGGGAUUUGAACGUUUCAGCAGUUAUUCGAAUGUCAUCCUUACAAAUAUGCUUACUGAUAAUACUGUAAAUGGCAUGAAAUAUGCAAUAAAAUUAAAGUUUGGCGGAAAUGCUUAUUAAUAAUCAGUUAUAGUAUUAAUAUAAAGAAUGAAUUAAAAUUCAGUCCCAUCAGUUCGUACAGUGAUUCCCGGCCAACCAUCGUUAAACAAAUGUCGUUUCCAUUCAUCUGGUUCACAUAUAGCCAUUGGUGAUGAUAAUGGACGUAUUCACAUGUUCGACUUGAAUGAAACAAUGGCAAUCCCUCAUGCAGACGAGUGGACGAUGUUUUCACAUACAAUUAGCGAACUUCGACAGCUUGCAGUCGAACAGAAAGAGAACGAUACCGAUGCUUUGUUUGGACAACCCACUGUGCCGCCUAUACCUGUUAUUCACUGAACGGGAGCAAUUUACUCUACUAAACGACAAUUCCUAACCUUCUGCAUAAUUCCCUGUAUCGCAUAAUAAAUGUCUACUGAUCUUACGGUG